AUGACUACCAUCUUCGCGCGCUCCCCGCUGCAAUCGCUUCCUAUGGCCACAAACCGACCGACGACGCGACGAAGGAGCGCAAAACAAGCUUUCGACGAUGACGAUGCGCCGCCUGUGCAGAAGCGGCCAAGGACGGAAGUAAAUGGAACGACCAAGAAGCCAACUGCUGCGCCAAAGAAGAAAGCUAAAGCUGCUGCAUACGACGAGGACGAUGACGGUUUCCAAUUCUCGCGUCGCACGUCGCGAAGGACCACGAAAGCACCCCCAGUACCGGAACCAGAGCCCCUACCCGUGGAGAAGGCUGUACAGCCCGCGCGUCGCAAGAAGCAAUCGAUUGCAGCAGUCGACCCAGAAUCAUCAGACUCAGGGAAAAGGCGGAGGUCAGCGCGUAUUUCUGGCGACAGAGAGCAGUUGGAGGUGCGGACAAAACCCAAGGAGCCUGUUGCAGCAAAACCGCGGACCAAGAAGAGUGCCGCCCCUGUAGUCAAGGAAAAGAAGAAUCAGACCACCCCGGCUCCGGAAGUGCAACCACAAGCAAACGCGUUCCCCGGUGUGCAAACACCCACGCACAAUGAGUUGCAGAAUGCGAAGAAGCGUGAUCCAAACGCGCAAAGAAUCAUGCUGCCUUUUGCAGACACACCAGUCAUUACGCGGAAUAAGGAGAUGCGCAAAGGGAACAAAGAUGGACACCGAAGAAGCAGUACAGGCUUACGAGGGAGGAGAGCAAGCUCCCUGAUUGAUAGUGGUCAGUCGAAUGCAUUACCCCAUUCCGAAGUUGAAGUCCGAGAGUUUUACAAGUACAUUGAGCAAAGUCUGCCUGAACCACGGCGAAUGAAGCAACUCCUGACAUGGUGCGGAUCGCGAGCACUACCAACGAAACCCUCAGGAAACGUUAAGAAUGCGAAUGCGAUCAUGGCUGCUCGGGCGAUUGAACAAGAACUUAUCGACGAUUUUGCUGGGAAACCCGAGUUAUCAGAUUGGUUCAGCAGGGAAGAGACUGCGCUACCACCAGUGGUGAAGAAACCGAAUCCACAAAACGAGAAGAACCAGGCCACAUUAGAGGAACUAGAAGCAGAAAUCAAACAACUGGAAGAAGAGAAAGCAGCAUGGGAAGCCAUAGCUUCAUCCUCAAAAACCAUGCCUCUACCCCCCGCACCUUCAAUACCCACGUCCAUACCCUCACUAUCCGACAUCGACAUCUCCUUCCUCGACCCCGACCAAGCCGCCAUACUCUCCGUCCUCCAAUCCUCAUCACAACCACAAUCCACCCCACAACCACCUUCUUCAGCAUUCACAUUCACAUCCCCCACAACACUACAAACGCACCUCACUUCGCUCGCCAACUCCCUCGAACCCCACAUCGAUCUCUUCGCAGACGGUGUCCACAAAAUCGAGCAGUACAGACAGACGGCCGAACGUGUAGCAGAGCGCGUGCUGGGCACGGCGGCAAAGCGGCUGGAAGAAAGAGAUAGAGAGGCGAAAGAGCGAGCGGGGACUCAGGGCAUUGGCGUUGGCGAUGUACUGCGGGGUCUCGCUGGUGUACUGGGGGAGCAAUAA